AUGUAUUGGCUCAAUGGUAUAGCAAGCAAGCUCUCAACUGCCAAUUUGCGUGAACAUGCUUCCAAUGCUACCGUCGACGAUGCUUCAUCAACAAACGCAUUCCCACAAACAUACGACCUCGUCCAAGUAGCUGCAUCACCCCACGCGUCGGUAUUCGUUACUUGCACUACCUCGACAAUAUACUUGUGGUCGGUCAAGCCCACAACGAUAUUAUCAUUCAUCGAUCGAUCAGAAAAGCACAUUAACGAAUUUGGAGAGAACAAAAGCAUAUUAUGGAAACCAGACGCCACCUCUGUGGUCAUUAUGACGACAAAGAACUAUCUUUUGCUUUAUGCUAUCCUCAACUUUGAUCAGCGAUCAUUUGAAUUUAACUUUCCGCAUUCGCAUCAUGCCAUGGUAACUGGUCCCGGAGAAGGCAGUGGUCCACGUACAAUGCUUCUCAAGUUUCGAUUGGCGAUUCGAGUGGAUGCUGGUGUAGCAUGUGGCACAUCAUCCGACGACACUCUUAUUAUCGCAACUCAACGACCAGCAGCCAUUCAAUGUAUCUCUUGGAAUCCACAUGAAGUAAACUCGACUCAAACAUCGGUGCAAAACAAGCUUGGCUUCUUUGUUCAAUCAUCAGAAAAGAUUGUUUCGGCGCUAUACGACAAGACGAUGAACAUUUCGCUUUGGAUCACAGAUGCUGGCCGAGCCUACUUUGUGCAAAAUACCAAUGUGACUAAGCAACGUCGACGAAGCAGUAACAGCAGCAACACACCAUCCUCACCAACAGCUGCGUCUUUGAAUGGGAAUGCUACUUCACCAACAAUGCCUUCCUACCGAGAAUCAAUCGCAUGGCACGGUGUUUGUUUUCAUGGGAUGGAUUCGGAUCCUCUAGAAGCUGACAUGCAAGCGACCUGUGUGGCUGUCAAUGGCAAAUUCUCUCUAAUUGCAGUGGGUACAAGAAGUGGAAAGGUGUAUGUGUACUCGGCUCACAAUUAUACAUCGACUCCGACUCUUUCACAUGUGUUCACGCGUGACAUGAAUGCACCUGCUGAUGCGCGUGGAUCGUCAUCCAAUACAUCCAUCAAGACGCUGGCUUGGACAUCAGAUGGCUAUGCUAUUGCUGUUGGCUUUGAGAAGCAAGGACUAGCGGUAUGGAGCGUAUACGGCAAUCUCUUAUGCUCUAUCAGCGCUACAGAUGACAUUUUCUAUUCCAAGGCUGAUGAUGAUGAUUUUGGAUCCGAACUGAGCCAAGACGCUUACGUUGCAGGUGUACAGGGAUUGUUCUGGGGACCUGGCAAUCAUCAACUAUUUAUCCUGAGCAAACAUCAACCAAAUGUUGUCAGCCAAACGAAACAAAAUGGCGCGUUGUUCACGUUACCUUUUGCAAAAUCAGCCAUUACGAAUUUCCACAAUGCAGAAAACGCACGUCGUGGUCUCUUGCAAAUGGAUGAUCGUAUUCUCCUUUACAAUUACGGUGGUGACUAUCAAGAGAACAAUACAACAACGAUUGAUCCGGACGCCGCCUUAUGGACACAAGUGCUGUAUCCGCCAAUGUAUAUCACCGAUCACUGGCCAAUUCGUUACGCUUCUAUCAGUCAAGAUGGUCGAUUUAUUGCGAUUGCUGGUAGGCGAGGCUUUGCACACUACAACACGUUCUCGAAUCGAUGGAAGAUGUUCGGCAAUCAGCAACAAGAGCAGAGUUUCCUUGUGCGAGGAGGAAUGGCAUGGUACAAGAAUAUCCUCAUUGCUGCAUGCGAAGUUCUCAAUUCUCCAACAUCCGGGAAAAUAUACGAGUUGCGACUAUAUUCUCGGGAUAGCAACCUCGACAACGCUUACAUCCUCCACAAUGAGCCAUUACAAAGUAUGCCGCUUUAUAUCAGUAUAUGUGGCACAUUCCUUUUGGUGUAUACAGCCGACAACGUACUCAACAUCUACUCCAUUCAAAUCCGAUCCGAGAAUAUGAACUCUGGAGUAUCGAAUGGAAACGGAACAACAAGUAUAGCACGUUUGGAACGUAUUCGACGAGUAGCAUUUGUCAACAUUGUGGCACGUGCAUCACGGGUGCGAGGCAUAAGUUUAUUUACCAGCUACAAUGGAGAUCAAAUGGCGACAUUGGGCGACGUCAUAUCUGCUCACAUCAUGGUGCUGGUGGAUGGCAAGUUGAUUAUGCUCAGCCCACGUAUACCUGAUGAUGACGAUGAUUCCGAUUUGACGGGCCAAGCAAAUACCCAAGCACAAUACGACCUUCAUAUCCUAUCAGACAAAACCGAGUAUUAUUGGAUUGGUCGAAGAAGCGUUGCCAACCUUUGUACAUCAAUAUGGGUAGUCGAUGGAAAGGGUGUAAAGGUCUUUGCUAAUCUGCUGCGAGGAGACGAUUAUGGAUUCAGCACAUUUUCCAAUGAUCCUUUUGAGAGCGAGCCAUCUACUCCCACAACACCAGGGAUUCUUGCAGCAAGAGCCAAUCUUGGCCGGCCGUAUUCGCUGGGCUACCACAUUGGUCCUGAACCUGUAUCACCUUCAAUGUCAGUGGUGGAAAUGGAUGGAUUCUCAAGAUGGCGCAUUCCAAGUAUUCGACAACUCGAUGAAGGCACGAUCUAUAUACCGCUCGACUUUUAUCCUCAUUCGGUGUUAUUAGAGAAGGGCGUCAUUGUUGGUGUUGAGCAAGGAAUGGUAUUCAAGGAAUCACUUGGAUUUAUGAUUUACAAGAUGAGCAGCAAAACCCAUUUGUUUAUCCAUCACAUAUUGCAACAUCUACUACGACAAAGCUGGGAGGAGGAUGCGGUCGUUUUUGGGCGUGCCUAUGAACGGCUCAUUUAUUUUGGUCACUCACUUGAGAUUUUGUUGCACACUGUGCUUGAAGAGGAGACGGAAAACCGAAAUCAACGAGAUCCGAUUUUACCGCUGGUGAUCAAAUUCUUGGAUCAAUUUCCUCAUGCACUGGAUGUCAUUGUCAGCUGUGCUCGUAAAACCGAAGUUGCCUUGUGGGAGCACCUGUUCUCGGUAGUAGGGGAGCCCAAGGAUUUAUUCGAGCUGUGCUUAUCGGACGACCGCUUACGUACUGCCACGUCCUAUUUGAUUAUUCUACAAACCAUGCAACCACUGGCUGUUGGCGGGAAGGAUACGAUACGAUUACUACAAAAGGCAAUGGACGUAGAAGAUUACGAGUUAUGCAAAGAGCUUGUACGCUUCCUCAGCUCGAUUGACAAUUCCGGGAAAACUGUUCAAGAAGCUCUCCAAGUAAUCAAGGCCAGGAUGGAUCCUGAUAAUCCAUUGUCACCCAAUACUGAAGAUGCACAAGUGGAUAAAGUUGUAAAAAGUAUGCAAGAACAUGUAAUUUAA